GUCAACACCGACAGGAGAGAGAACUAGUGCGGAGCAAGAGUCAUAAACAAGGUUAUUUUUUUAAUUUCCCUGCGUUGAGAUGUGUAUUUACUAGUUUCCAAACUGCUGAACGUGCGUUACUUCUGCCAGAAAAACAACAAACUUUCCUCCAUGUGGAUAUUUCUCGAAAUCUGGAUCUCUUUGGUUUGACAUUUAACAGGGAUUAAAAGAAAGAAGGAGCAGAAAAGUAUAGCUUCACACCGGGGAUUUUCACACCGUCACACCGGGAGACCUGCACCUCUCCGUCCGUCCAGACCCCCGGUCCCCCCUCAGGGCUCCAGCAUGAUGUCUUACCUCAAACAGGCCCCGUACGGGAUGAACGGGAUGGGCCUGAGCUCCAUGGACCUGCUGCACCCGUCUGUGGGAUACCCCGGAAACCCGCGGAAGCAGCGCCGCGAGCGGACCACCUUUACGCGGACGCAGCUGGACAUCCUGGAGUCGUUGUUCGCCAAGACGCGCUACCCGGACAUCUUCAUGAGGGAGGAGGUGGCGCUGAAGAUCAACCUGCCCGAGUCCAGAGUCCAGGUCUGGUUUAAGAACCGGCGGGCCAAGUGUCGGCAGCAGCAGCAGAGCAGCAACAGCGCCAAGGUGAAACCCAUGAAGAAGAAGUCGUCUCCGACCAGAGAGAGCACCGGGUCGGAGAGCAGCGGCCAGUUCACCCCGCCGGCCGUGUCCAGCUCCGCCUCCUCCGCCUCCUCCACGUCCUCCUCUUCCGUCUCCUCCGGCCACGUUGGUCCCGGCCUGAUUAGCACAUCUACCUCCGUCACCACCCCGGUGUCGUCCAUCUGGAGCCCGGCGCCAAUCUCCCCGGCCCCGGCGCCGCCUACACUUCCCGACCCCGCCGCCCCCACCAGCGCCUCCUGCAUGCAGCGCUCAGUAUCGUCCUCAGGGGGCGGGGGCACGCCCUCCUACCCGGUGUCCUACAGCCAGACAGCAGCGGCGUACAGCCAGGGUUACCCCACCUCGGCGUCAGGCUCUUAUUUUGGCGGGGUGGAGUGCGGCUCCUACCUGGCGCCCAUGCACUCCCACCACCACCCACACCACCAGCUCAGCCCCAUGACUGGUAGCUCCAUGUCGGGACACCCGCACCACCAUAUCGGCCAAACAUCAGGGCACCACCACCACCACCACCACCCGUCGCACCACCACCAGGCGUACAGCGCGCCCGGCCUCUCCUUCAACUCCACAGAUUGUCUGGAUUACAAAGAGCAGACGGCGGCAGCCUCCGCCUGGAAACUCAACUUCAACGCCUCCGACUGUUUGGACUACAAAGACCAGGCGUCAUGGCGCUUCCAGGUGCUGUGACCUCCUGAGUCGCUCCUCCUCUUCCUCUUCUUCUUCUUCUCUGCUUACAAAGACGUUCUCUUUUUGUUGUUGGUGGUUUAUUUUUGAAGAUCUAAUAGUAGAGACAUUUUAAGAAAGUUUAUUUGUGAACGAACUGAAAAGGCGCACAGGUAUCUGAAGCCUCGGGUUUUCUUCGGCGGAUCGACUCGUCCUGGAUUAUUUUUCUACUCGAGAAAAAAACGGACCAACUCUUGAAGGCCUUUCGUAGUAAAAUUUCAGUGGAACCUGCAAGAUUGUGCAGUCUUGGAUCAUCUCUCUGAUCAAUCAAUAACUUUGGGAUUAUUCUUCGGAGAAAUGACGUGAACAAAUCGGACUCUUGAGCGGGCUCGAUGCUGCUAUGAUUUCCAGGCUGAUGUUCAUUUCUAUCUGAUUUCCAACUCUCAUCUUGUUCAGACACGCGUCGUCCAGCCUGUGUUGUAUUUUGGAGAUUGAA